GGAUAAACUGCUUUGUUGAAAUUAUAUUUUGAAUUUAUAUUACGUAAUGUGUUAUCUUCAUUGAAUAUGUUACAAAACGUUUAAAAAUAAUAAUGAAAUCUAAUUUUAUUAAUAAUGAAAUUUGAAGAAACAUAUCAAAUCAGCAGUUUCCGGUGAAGAUGAUGACAAAUAUGCAGAAAACAAAUGAGAAAGUAGAAAAAAUAGUAUGUCUACGACUUACACCUUACGAAAACCUUUUAUCCCUAAAGUUUCUAGAACUUUUCUAUGUACUUGAAGUAAACCAAGACGUUUUUAUCACUAAAUUCAGAAUUGGCUGCAACUGACACAUGUGUUCCUCAUCGAUAAGCUACAAGCUACAGCUGACAAUUUGCCCUAUGCUGUAAGGCUAUCCACGAAAUGAUAGCUUUGUUUUCAAUUUGGGAAUCGAAAGAAACCUCAAAACUAUUUUGGGAGUUAACAACAUCCAUAUAGAACCAAUUAACAAUUUGCUAAAAAAAAAGUUUAAUAAGAAAAAAGUGAUAAGGAAAAAGUAAUUUAAAGAAGGAUACUAAAGACUUGAGAUGUUGAGUAUCUAUAAGGAAAAUAAAUCUAACCCUUGAAGUAAUCUGAAAAGUAUUACUGAGAAAUGCGAGUUUUAUUUUAAUGUGGAGUGAGAUGGCGGGGGAGGAGGUAGAUGGCGCUGUUCGGUCUGGCCUGGCUGCUCAGGGUGAAGGCGGAACUGAGAAGACAGCAGCUGCCACCUCCUCCUCGUCAGCAAGUGUUCACCCUGGACCCCGGCCCUUCGCCCUUCUGUGAGGUCCACGGCUACCGCAGGCACCAGAGCAGGCCACGCGCCAGUCCUCAGCAAACAGUAGAUGUACCUCUAUCUUUGAUGGGUAGAGGCUGGUUACUGCUAGGGGUCAUGAACAUGAAGGGAUCAAAGGCAAUGAAAUUGAUUACAGGCGUUCCAGAGGGGUCGGCACCAAUAAUCAUGACUGUCGAUACAGGGUGGAUCUGGAAUAUAUCAGAUAUCUUAACUGGAAAAGCAUUGGAGAAAUAA